AUGCUUGUUUUUCUGAAAAGGCCUUGCCAAGGGCAGUUAUUUGCAGCUGUUGGAUGGGAUGGAAACAAUCAAAUGUAUCCAAUAGCUUAUGUUGUAGCUGAGGCAGAGUGUAAGGAGAGCUGGACUUGGUUUUUACACAACUUGUUACAAGAUAUUGGCACAAUUGAAGAACAUGGAUGGACAUUUAUGACUGAUCAACAAAAGGGACUUGUUCCAAGCUUGAGAUUGGUAUGCCCUGAAGCCAAUCACAGGUUCUGUUUCAGACAUUUGUAUGCAAACUUUAAGAAGUUGUUUAAAGCGAAAGAGUUGAAGGAUUGUGUUUGGAAGGCAACAAAAUCAUACACAAGGGUUGAAUGGCAGAGGCACGUGACUAAGCUGUAUGCAGUAGAUAGUAAGGCAUAUGACUGGAUGAUGAGAGUGAACCCAGUCCAAUGGUCUAGGCAUGGGUUUGGUCCAAGAACCAAAUCCAAUAGGCUCCUCAAUAACAUCUCUGAAUGCUUUAACUCAUGGAUGAUACAAGCUAGGGACAAACACAUCCUUACCAUGAUGGAGAUGAUAAGGAGGGCUUUGAUGGUGAGGAUACAUGAAUGUAAGGACAGCAUGCUAAAGUACAAAGGGCCCAUUUGUGGAAAGAUACAAUGCAAAGUUGAAAAGAGGAAGUUGAGGUCCAGAGUAUGGACACCUACAUGGUCAAGAGGUGCUGAGUUUGAAGUCAGACAUGGAGAGGAUGGUUGCUAUAUUUUUUCAGAGGAGAGGGUUGAAGAUUAUGUUCAUGCAUAUUUCAAGAAGGAAACUUUUUUGAGGACUUAUGAGGCAUUGAUUAAUCCAAUGAAUGGGCCAGAUUUGUGGCCUAAAACAAGGUGUGACCCUCUUCUACCUCCUAAGCUUAAAAGACCAAUCGGUAGGCCUUCCAAACAUAGAGUUAGGGACCCAGAUGAACCUAAGAAUCCAUAUAAGUUGCAGAGGAGGCAGUCUACCCUAAAAUGCUCUAAAUGUGGUUGUUAUGGUCACAAUCAAAGGACUUGCAAGGUUCCGAUGAAAGGAAAGACAAGUGGACCUUCAGGGAAAUCCAAUAAUAGCACAUUCAUGGGCUUUAGGACAGCUGCAUUAUUUAGGGAAGAGGGGAGCAGCCAAGCAGCAGUAAGUGGUUUUCAAUCUAGGAAAAGGCCAGCAGCAGUAAGUGGUGUUGAAGAUUCAACUGAUGGGCAACCAAGGAAGAUGACAAGAUCAGCAGCAACAGACAUUGGCAACAAGCAAGCAAUAGGCAGCCAGUGUAGUGUGAACAAGUGGUUUUGA